GAUGCGCGCAGACAUGACGUCAGCUUGACGCACUCGGUGCAGUCGCGGACAGACGCGCGCUCUGGAACAAUCGCAGGUCGGCGGAUUGGCGCGAGGAUGGAUCCAAAAAAUGCUCAGUAACGGGAGCAGCGGACAGACCGGGACCGGGGCGGGGAGCUGCUCGGUCCAGCUGCCGGCUAUGGAGAGACCCAGGCCGGGGACGGUGACGGUGUCCGCGGUGAGCCUGGUUCUCAGCUCGCUGUCCCUCCUGCUGCUGGUCACCGCCAUCAGCACCGACCACUGGUACGAGACCGACACCCGGCGCCACAAGGACAACUGCGACCGCUACGGCUCCGACUCCAACGACCAGAAGAACCGGGAGAUGCCCAUCUACCAUCUGCCGCUGGUGGACACGGGCCACCGGGACGUGGCGCUGAUGAAGCCGGUUCAUGUGGGCAGCAGAGAGGAGGAGCUUCUGGAGAACUGGCGGGCGAUCCUGGGGAUGGGAAUCCUGGAGACGGAGUGCGGCAGGCCGCUGUUCUCCACGCACUCCGGCCUGUGGAGCAAGUGCUACUUCAAGGGCAAGGACCGGGACAUCGACAAGCUGAUCGACCGCGGGAUUGCAGAUCGCUGCACAGCUGUCAAGUAUCAUUUCUCACAACCAAUCAGACUGAGGAACAUCCCUUUGAACUUGACCCGGACCAUCCAGCAGGACGAAUGGCAUCUGCUGCACCUGCGUAGGAUCACGGCGGGCUUCCUGGGCAUGGCGGCAGCUGUCCUGCUGUGCGGCAGCAUCGUGGCGUCAGUGGGGUUUUUCUGGGAAGAAAGUCUGACGCAGCACGUGUCCGGUCUCCUCUUCCUCAUGGCAGGAAUCUUCUGCACCAUUUCUCUUUGUACAUAUGCAGCCAGUGUGACCUAUGACCUCUCCAGGAACCCUCCCUUCAUUUACGGGCUCCCAGCCGACGUGGACCACGGUUACGGCUGGUCCAUUUGCUGCGCCUGGGCCAGCCUCGGCCUCACCGUGGCCUCGGGCUGUGUCAGCACCAUCUACCCCUUCCUGAACCAGGCUCAUGCGCUGCGUUCCAAGACUGCCUGCGAGUCGUCCGUCUGAGUGGCCGGCUGUUAAUCAAACACGACGCCGCAGAGGAAUGAACCGCCAAACGUACGGUGACCUCAGACAGCUCAACACAGAUGACAUUUAUUUGUCCGUGUUAGUUACUGGCAAGGUGGAGGGCAGCCUGCGGGUGGCGCUGCAGACACUUGAUCAAUCACAUGCACUGACCUCCAGCUGCGUCCUGUUGUGGGUGUUAAACGCAGCGUGGUGCUUUCACGUGUUCGUGGACUGUGCAGUGACACAUCAGAUGACAUUAGUUCAGGCAGACAUUCAUCGGAGGAUUAUGCUCACUUGAUCUCGACGAUCGCGCCUGAUCAUCCGGGUUGGGUCGGGGUCGUUUGGCCCUGCUGCUGUAACGUUGUGGAUCUUAUCAGUUAUCAACCAAUAAAUUGCUAUUUGGUGGACACGUCAUUCCCACAUGUGGGCGGUACCAUGUACCAAAGUGAUGUCAUUGAAGACAGAUUUUGUACCAUAGAUUUGGGGGCAGGGCCUGAAUGUGAUACUAAGUGUUCGCAUUAAGAGACACGUCAAAUGUGUGAAAAUGUCUUGUCAUCAUUUUAGUUUUGGCUUCCCAAAUCUGUGUCAAUUACCCAGAGCAGCUGUCAAUCACAGGCUCCUCAGGUGUAUGCGUUCCCUGCCCCUUUUUAAUUUCAGCCAAUGAAAUGUUUUGUUAUUCACAAUCACCAAUAGACAGGUUAAAGGUUAAUGGAAAGUAUCUGACGGCUGUUUUUCUGAUCACUGUAUUUUUGCUUCUGUGACUUCUUGCUUGUGACAUCAGUGGGGAUGUCACUGAUAAGCUCCUCCCCUCUGAUCAAAUUGUGUAGUUAGAAUGGAAACCAGUGUGAGGCCUGAGUGUGAACUGGGACAAAGAACGGGUUCAGUCAAACACGAUGUUAAUGACAAUCAUCUGGUGGCAAUCAAACAGAAACUUCACAAGCAAAACAGGAAGAUGUUGGCAUUCGGCCUUUGACCAGUAGGAGGCAGCAGUGAUACUCUUUGGCCACUUCAUUAGGUAGGAAGGUGUUCCUAAUAAAGUGGCCUCCAACAACAGCAGGUUUAAUGUCGUUAAUGUGAUAUUUUAUGUCUUUGACGUUCAUUGUUUGUGACAGAUGUUCCAUGAGGCAGAGUUAGAUUUUACUGGUCAAACUUACAAAUUAGGGUUUGUCUUUCAGGGUCAGUGAAUCCACUACAGAUCUGCAUUAGGAUUUGGCACAACUUUUACACCGGAUGCUCUUCCUGACACAAUUCCAUUUCCACAAGGAAAAACAUGCGGU